CUCUCCCUCUUUCUCCCUUUUUCCUCACAGCUCCAUUGACUCGGGCAAGGGAGAGGAUCUCAGCAGCAGUCGUGAGAGCUCGGUUUUUGACCCUCAGACCCCGUCCAAAGUGGUGGUGGAAUCUACGGGAGAGAGGUCUCGAUGUAGCAGCUGCAGCAGUGGUAUGGACGAUGAAUUCCACGACGCUCUCAGUCAUCCGGCCUCUGACGACGACGGAAUAAACUCCUCGGCUUUCGUUACUCCGUCCUCUACUCCACCCCACUCCCCCAUACCCCAAGAUGACCCCAGUUUACCCCACCCAUCCUCCACCUCCUCCAUCUUGACCAACGAGGCAUGCCUUGCCGAGACUCUGAGACUCUCGCUAGAGCUUCUCAGUGAAGAGCAGCAGAAGUCACAUGACCAGAAGUACAAGUCACAUGAUCAGCACCAAAAGUCACGUGAUGAACGGAAAGAGCCACAUGACCAGUACCUGAACAUAUCACUUGAUCGGCCGCAAAAGCCACAUGAGAAGUAUCCAAAGUCACGUGACCAGCCGCAAAAGUCACGCGACAAGUCCAGCAAAUCAUGUGACAGUCAGGUGACUAAACCGAGCAAAAACCGCUCCAAAAGCAAAAGAAACGAGUGGAUCUGCCGACAUCUGAGGGUCAACCUCUACCAACAGCCGAUGGAACGAAAAAUAAGACGAUUUCAGCUAAUGCAGGAGUCAAUGUAGGCAGCGAAAUAAAAGGAGUCCCCGUGAGAGAUGAUCCGCUGAUAGUGGAGAGGGUUAGUGAAGGAGGCAGAGGAGGGGAAGUAGGAGGAGGAGGAGGGAGAGAGGAAAAGGAUUUGGCGGAGCCUGAUGAGGUGUCUCGGGAAGCAGCUGAUGCACACGUCAACGUCAGUCGAUCUACAGGGUGUGUGGAAGAGUGCGAUCUUCCGAGCUCCGUUAUUGUGUCAUCGAUCGGGGAGGAGUCGUACUCUGGGACUGACGCAAGCCCCCAGUCUAGCGUCUGUAGCAACUCGUCUCAUCCACAGACUCCGCCCAUUUGCUCCUCCCACUCACACUCCCCAUCGCCCAGCACACCCUCACAACGUGACUCCCCCUCUCCAAGUCUCCACGUCGCCACGGAUACCGUUGCCACGGAUACCGGUGUUACCACGGAGAUGAGGGAGGAAUGGCCGACCCUUGAAGCAGUCGAAACCAACAACAACGAACAGGGUAACGAAGACGAAUGGCCCGAUUUACACAGUCCCGACGUCAAAAUCCAACCAACAGAGCUCUUUACUAACUCUGGUCCAAAUGGAGAGGUCAGGGUUCAGAAUCUGGAGCCACACCCCCAGAAUGCGGCCGCAGCGUACCCGCAUAUGAUUCACGCCUCCCCCUACCCCAUGGGGUGGCCCCCACACUUCUUAUCCCAAGUACAUGUCCCCGUGACAACCACAGGUCCCUUUAAUUAUUACCACUUCCAUCACCAAACUGGUUUUUACCCUCCGCCUCCUCAUGGGCCGGCAUUCUCGUGGCCUGGUUCCCACGUCGGUCUGCCGCCGGUCCCCAUUCCAUACACACAUUCUGGUUCCGAGGACGACAGUGGGUGUGUCGAUUUGAGCAAAACUCCGCCCACAAGUCUGGGAGACGAAGAGGGGGAAUUGAAUGUGGAAAGACUGGAGAAGAAAGUUGAAGAUGGUGAAGAAGACAGGUUAGGGGAGGGAGAGAAGGAAGGAGAGAGGGGAGGAGGAGGAGAAGAGGUGGAGGAGGUGAAAGAUGACGGUGAUUUGGAUGAGGUUGUGAGGGUGGAGGGUGGGGAGGGAGAGAAGGAAGGAGAAGAGGUGGAGGAGGUGAAAGAUGACGGUGAUUUGGAUGAGGUUGUGAGUGGAGAAGGGGUGGAGGGUGGGGAGGGGGAGGAGGGAGAUGAGGAGACAGGGGAAGCUGUGGUGGAGAGAGACUUGUCAUGUGAUGUGUGUCCUGGCGACAUUGCCGCUGUACCUUCCAACCUUCCACUUGAAUCCACCUGGGUGAUGUGGUAUGACAGAAUCACUGGCAACACCAGAAACUGUCGCUCAGACUACCGAUCAUCGCUGCAGAACAUCCACACCAUGUCUUCCGUGGAGGAUUUCUGGAGGCUGUACAACAAUAUCAGGCAGCCGAGAGGCCUCGAGAGAAACAGCAACUAUCACUUUUUCAAGGAGGGCAUAGAGCCACUGUGGGAGGACCCGGCCAACGAGCAGGGAGGGAAAUGGGUCCUGACCCUCAGAGACGAGGCGAUUCUCGACAAAAUCUGGGAAGAACUGCUCCUGGCAAUGAUUGGAGGGGUCAUUGAGAGCAGUCACGCAGUGAACGGAGCUGUCGUGUCUCGCAGGAAGAAGGGAGACAGGGUGGCUCUCUGGACCAGCAAGAAAUCCGCCAAGAUCAACCUCGACAUUUGUGUGGACCUGCUGAGGGUUCUGGCGAUAGCCUGUGACGUCACGACAGAUGAUCUCCCGGACUUUGUUCACCAGCUGGCCGAGGGUCACGGGGGGCUGUCACUGGAGUACAUGUACCAUCGCGACUCCCUUCGCUCAGGCACCUCCUACCAGAACAGUGGACACAUUCGCCUCCAAGACAACUGCCAGUCGUUGGUUGCCAAAGUCCUGAAGAAGCUCACUUAAACUGUCGGCCGUAUACGUUGUAUCAUGUCCGUGUAUAAUUGUAGUAUCCACGACGAUAUUAUAUAAUCGACAGCAACUGCAAUCUAAGAAAUAAUAUUAAAUGUUCGUCAGUCGUAAUGUGUGUUAAUGAAUGUAUGUGACUGCAAUAAUUACUAUUGCCACUCUCUAUAUAGUUUGUCGCGUUUUGAAUUUGAAUCAUGUCCGGUCAAUUUUUGUACAAAACCACAGUCAAUUGUAUUGCUGUAUAAUGUGUCGGUUUCUCACAUGUAUAAUUAUAUUGUAAACUGACAUCCCAGAUUAUGAUUUUUGCCAGAGCUGAUAUAUAAUUAUAUUAUAGUUGCCAUUCUGACACGUGGCAACCAAAGGUAGCAUGUUAUCUGU